CGCGCGGCGCGCUCUGAGCGGAGCCCGAGCCGGAGCCGCAGCCGCGUCCCGAGCGCCCCCGGCCGGCCCCAGCGCGCGCCCGUCCCGGGGGUCGGCGGGGCUCGGCGGAGCAGCGCGGGGCGCGGGGCAUGCGGGGCCGCGAUGUCGGUGCCGCUGCUCAAGAUCGGCGCGGUGCUCAGCACCAUGGCCAUGGUCACCAACUGGAUGUCGCAGACGCUGCCCUCGCUCGUUGGGCUCAACGGCACCGUGUCCCGCGCCGGCGCCUCCGAGAAGAUCACCCUCUUCCAGAGCCCCGAGGAAGGCUGGCAGCUGUACACAUCAGCCCAGGCACCUGAUGGGAAAUGCAUCUGCACGGCAGUGAUCCCAGCCCAGAGCACCUGUUCCAGGGACGGCCGAAGCCGGGAACUGCGCCAGCUCAUGGAGAAGGUGCAGAACGUCUCGCAGUCCAUGGAGGUGCUGGAACUGCGCACGUACCGUGACCUGCAGUAUGUGCGGAGCAUGGAGACGCCCCUGCGCAGCCUGGACGCGCGGCUGCGGGCUGCCGACGGCUCCCUGUCGGCCAAGAGCUUCCAGGAGCUGAAGGAGCGAAUGACGGAGCUGCAGCCGCUGGGCUCGGUGCUGGAGCAGUACAAGGCCGACACGCGCACCGUCGUGCGCCUGCGCGAGGAGGUCCGCAACCUGUCGGGCAGCCUGGCGGCCAUCCAGGAGGAGAUGGGCGCCUACGGUUACGAGGACCUGCAGCAGCGGGUGCUGGCCCUGGAGGCGCGGCUGCACGCCUGCGCACAGAAGCUGGGCUGCGGGAAGCUGACGGGGGUCAGUAACCCCAUCACCGUUCGGGCUAUGGGGUCUCGCUUCGGCUCCUGGAUGACGGACACGAUGGCCCCCAGUGCCGACAGCCGGGUGUGGUACAUGGAUGGCUACUACAAAGGCCGGCGGGUCCUGGAGUUCCGCACGCUGGGCGACUUCAUCAAGGGUCAGAACUUUAUCCAGCACCUGCUGCCGCAGCCGUGGGCGGGCACGGGCCACGUGGUGUACAACGGCUCCCUCUUCUACAACAAGUACCAGAGCAACGUGGUGGUCAAGUACCACUUCCGCUCGCGCUCGGUGCUGCUGCAGCGCAGCCUGCCGGGCGCCGGCUACAACAACACCUUCCCCUACUCGUGGGGUGGCUUCUCGGACAUGGACUUCAUGGUGGACGAGAGCGGGCUGUGGGCCGUGUACACCACCAACCAGAACGCGGGCAACAUCGUCGUCAGCCGCCUGGACCCGCACACCCUCGAGGUGAUGCGCUCGUGGGACACCGGCUACCCCAAGCGCAGCGCCGGCGAGGCGUUCAUGAUCUGCGGGGUGCUCUACGUCACCAACUCGCACCUGGCCGGCGCCAAGGUCUACUUUGCCUACUUCACCAACACGUCGAGCUACGAGUACACGGACGUGCCCUUCCACAACCAGUACUCGCACAUCUCCAUGCUGGAUUACAACCCCCGCGAGCGCGCCCUCUACACCUGGAACAACGGCCACCAGGUGCUCUACAACGUCACCCUCUUCCACGUCAUCAGCACCGCCGGAGACCCCUAGAGGCGAGGCCCUUUCGACUCUGCCUGUGCCUGCUCCAGCCGACCUCCCUCUGUCCUCCCUCACACCCUCCCGCCUCUUCCCUCCCGCC